AUGGCUGACGACAACCCACUUGAACCUACUAGUCCAAAGGAGCCAGUGUACAAUGAUACGCCCAAUAUAGCGCGCGUUCGCUCUCUCUUAAACCAGAAAUCUAAAGUGGUCGUGACAGACGGAAGAGAAUUCUUUGGAUUCUUUGUAUGUGUCGACAAGGACAAGAACAUGAUUUUGACUGCUACUGAAGAGCAUCAUCGAGGCAAAGUACGAUAUGUGGGGCUAGUGAUGAUCCCUGGUCCUCAUCUGAAAUCGUGGGCAACAUUCAAGCCAGAUCCAUCCAUGUAUAUAUAG